CUAGAGGGCUGUGUCGCCUGCUAGUUUGUACGUUAAGCAUCGACAGUACAGCUGCUUGUGGCAUGACUACGGAGUCACACUGUCUUCGAUCCGGUGACUUCACUUCAGAAUGGCCACCAACAGCCUCUACAAGAAGAAGCUGACGCCCCAGGAGGUGGCCAGCGUCACCAAGAUGCUGAAAAUGGGCACCGUCCUGACGCGCUUCUACGGCAAACGACGACCGGAAAGGAGGUCGUUCGAAAUCUGCAUGGAGACGCGGCAGAUUUUGUGGAGGCGACAGACUGGGCGGACAGACGGAGCAGUUAAAAUUCGUGAGAUAAAAGAGAUUCGUCCCGGUAAGAACUCACGAGACUUCGAGAGGUGGCCAGAUGAAGCCAAGAAGUAUGAUACCUCGCUCUGUCUUGUCAUAUGCUACGGUGCUGAGUUCAGACUCAAGAGCUUGUCCGUCGUUGCCGGCAAUGCAGAUGAACGACACAAGUGGAUCGUCGGCCUCAACUGGCUAGUAGAAGACCACAAAAUCUCAAGUUACCCAAGCAGACUAGAAUGGUGGUUACGACGGGAGUUCUACGCCAUGGGGAAAACAAAGAAUGAUACGGUGUCACUUAGGGACAUGAAGUCAUUCAUGCCAUACGUCAACCUGAAAAUGAACACAAAGGACCUUAAAGAAUAUUUCAAUGAAGUGGAUCGGUGGAACAAGCAAGAAAUUGGUUUUGACGGCUUUGUUCAGCUCUACCACAACCUCAUCUUCCAGAGGGAGGUCGCUGACAGAUUCAAAGAGUACAUCGAUGAACGAAAUCUGGUGACUGUGAAUGGCAUGAUUCGCUUCCUAGCCCAAGAACAAAAGGACACCACGGCAAACAAUCCUAUCGCAGUGAAGGCCAUGAUGGAAUCGUUUCUGACGGACCUCGGCCGACCGUGCCAGGAGUCGGACCCCAAAUUCACAGUCCCAGAGUUUCUGCUGUACUUGUUCUCACCGGAUAAUGAGAUCUGGGACAAGAAAUUUGAUGAGAUUGUGGACGACUUGGACCAACCGCUCUGUAACUACUUGAUAGCUUCCUCUCACAAUACAUACCUUACCGGGGAUCAGAUCGCUAGUGAGUCAUCGUGUGAGGCGUACGUCCGUUGUUUACGCAUGGGCUGCCGAUGUCUGGAACUUGACUGUUGGGACGGGCCAGAAGGAAUGCCCAUUAUCUACCAUGGCCUGACACUGACUUCAAAAAUCAAAUUCAUGGACGUUUUGAAGACGAUAAAGGAACACGCUUGGGUGCAGUCAGAUUUGCCCAUCAUUUUAUCAAUCGAGAACCACUGCACACUGAUACAGCAACGCAACAUGGCUUCAUCAUUCCAGGAAGUCUUUGGAGACUCCCUUUUGACGCAGCCAGUGGAUCGCGAUGCCACCAUACUGCCGACGGUCAACCAGCUAAGAAAGAAGAUCAUACUCAAGCACAAGAAGCUGAUGGGCACCAAUGAAACCUUCAGCGUACCCACUGAAGAAAUGUCUGGUCUUGAUUUGAGGAACUCUCUGAAGAACGGAAUCCUCAAGAUCGAAGACCCAAUGGACAAUGAAUGGGUCCCACAUUACUUUGUCCUGACCACAGAGAAGCUCUUCUACUGCGAGCAAACCCAAAACCUUGUCAACCAAGAUGACGAUGACGACACAACUAGCCAAUUGGACAUGCAAGCCACACCCAACGACGAGCUGCACUUCUCCGAGCCCUGGUUCCACGGCAAGCUGAACAGCAACAGCGACGUCACGCCCAGGAUGCUUGCCGAGCAGCUGCUCAACCAAUACCAGAAGGGCGACGGCACUUUCCUGGUCCGAGAGAGUGAAACUUUCAAGGGGGACUACUCCUUGUCAUUCUGGGCUGGGGGACACGUUAGUCACUGCCGAAUCAAAAGCAAGCUCGUAAACGGUCAGCCCAGGUACCACCUCACGGAGAGCCUGACGUUCUCAAACCUGUACGAUCUCGUAAACUUCUAUCGCGAAAAGCCGCUCCGGGGACGGAACGGUCUGGAGCUAAUCCUGACCUACACGGUGCCCCAGGCUUUGGGACAUAAAAACCAACCUUGGUUUCAUAAGAAGUUGAGCCGGCCUCAGGCAGAAGAAAUGCUGAAACGAGUCCACCAAGACGGCUCGUUCCUGGUCAGGAAGAGAGAGCAGGGAGACGACUCCUACGCCAUAUCAUUCAGGGCGGAGGGUAAGAUCAAGCACUGCCGCAUCAACCAGGAGGGCCGGCUCUUUGCCAUCGGCAACGCCCACUUUGAGAGCAUCGUGGAGUUGGUCUCCUACUACGAGAAGUUCCCGCUCUAUCGCAAGAUGAAGCUCAAGUACCCUGUCAACCAAGAGAUCGUGGACCGACUCGGAGGGGCAGCAGAUGAGAAUUCCUUGUAUGGUAACCCGGAACUCUACAUGGACCCAAACCAGUUUGUACCAAAGGUGACAGUGAAAGCCCUGUAUGACUACAAGGCCCAACGAGAUGAUGAGUUGACAUUCUGCAAGCACGCCAUCAUCACCAAUGUAGAUAAGCAAGACCUUGGCUGGUGGAAAGGAGACUAUGGCGGCAAGAAGAACAUGUGGUUCCCCUCCAACUACGUGGAAGAGACCCAACCAAACGACAACAGUCCCGAGUCAACGCUACUAGGCAACCUGCAGAAGGGGGCUAUUGACAUCCGAAGAUGCGCUGUUGAGACGCUACCCGCAAGUCGAUCCACGCACCCCAACGUCUUCAGAAUCUCCCCUCUGAACAACCGAGGGGCCAUCGACUUGGCGGCAUCUUCGACCGAAGACCUAAGCGACUGGAUUCAGACGAUAGAGGAUGCCUCACUCAAGGCAGAGGCCAGGCGAUUGGAAGAGACCAAGCAUGAACGCAAGAUGCGCAUCGCCAAGGAAUUCUCUGAUCUCAUCGUGUACUGCAGAUCAGUACCUUUCCGUGAAGAUAACAUUCCCGGCAAAUACUACGACAUGUCCUCAUUCCCAGAGACCAAGGUGGAGAGGUACCUUACAGCGAUCAAAUCCAAGCUACUACUGUGCUACAACCAGCACCAGGUCAGUAGGACGUAUCCCAAGGGCCAACGCUUUGAUUCCUCCAACUACGACCCGGUCCCAAUCUGGAACAUCGGCACACAGAUGGUGUCUCUCAACUACCAGACACCAGACCGCUAUAUGCAAAUCAACGAAGGCUUCUUCGCCUUGAACGGCCGCUGCGGUUACGUCUUGACACCCCCCUGCAUGAGAGACCCCAACUUUGACCCCUACGAUCCCCGCACCAUGCAAGGAGUGGAACCCAUUCAUCUCAAUAUUACGAUUUUGGCAGCUCGUCACCUUGAGAAGACCGGACGGAGUAUCGCUAGUCCCUUUGUCGAAGUGGAGAUCAUCGGUGUGGAACGCGACAGCACCCAGAAAUACAAGACACAGACAAUAGCUGACAACGGCUUCAACCCGAUAUUUAACGAGCGCUGCGAGUUUGACGUCGUCAACAAGGACCUGGCCUUCAUCCGCUUCGUCUUGCAAGACGAAGACGUAUUCGGUGACCCCAACUUCCUGGGUCACAGGACGCUGCCCCUUCGGGCAAUCAGAACAGGGUAUCGCACAGUGCCGUUAAUGAAUGGCCACUCGGAGUUCUUAGAGCUGGCCUCACUGCUCAUCCAUGUAGAAUACAGGGUUAUCGGGGAAUGCGGAGACAACGACCUGUACGCCUCCAUCCAGUGCCUGCGCGACCAGACCGAGAAACUGACCAAACAGAUCGGGGACAUGGAGCUAACCAAUUCGGCGUCCAGACGGCCGGACGAAGCCUACCACGCCAAGUCGAUAGAGCUGGAACGGUGCCAGGACGCGCUCUUCAGACUCCAGGAGCAGAGAAGCGCCAAACUGAAGAAGACUAACAGCAACAGUGCAUGAGCAUCUCUCUUCUGGUAUGACAGAGCAGAUCAUACCAGUUCAACCCGGUUCAAUCCAGUCUCAACCAGCAGCAGCAACAACCAGUGUGUUAGUACAUACGUGCUUGACAAACAGCUCAGAGAAUGGGAGUUUUCAGUUUCAUUGUUCGAUAUGCGUGAUGACCAACCAGACUUUUUUUGUCUGAAAAGGCUGCCGCAAAUUUGACUUCGGUUCAAUCCAGUUCAAUCUGGUCCAAUCCAGUUCAGACCGGAUCUGUCCAGUUCAGUCAUGGUCAGUCUUUAGUUGGAUUCUUUCAUUGUAAUUUAGGUAAGGGUCCUUUACAAUCCGGGGGAAGAGUUGUAAGCGAGAGUUGCUUCGGAGUUGUAAUCACAUUGAAAUCACAGGUCAAUCCCAAAUCAGUCACAAGUCAAUCACAAGUCAAUCGCAAGUCAAUCGCAAAUCAAUCACAAGUCAUUCACAAAGGAUUCCAUGCAGUUCAGUUUUUCUUUAGCAUGAGCAAGUCGCGAACACAAGAAGGAACAGUCCAUACACUCUGACAACGUUAUUCAGACCUUUAAAAAAAUGAAUUUUGGUUGAAUCUAAUAUGCAGUUGUACAUAGCGUUUGUUUCUGAAUGCAUUCAUUUUGUUCCUCCCACAAAUGUGACAUUUCAAGGUUUUGUUUUUUUUAGUUUGUGCGGUAUUGUAUUGUUGUGUGUGUGUAUACGACGGGUGUAAAAAUGCACAAGCCCUUUUGCAAACUAAAGAGUGACAGUGUUUAAAACUAAAGAGUGUUUUCCGGUUCUUUUUCUAAAACGGGGUAAAAUUUUAGAGACUAAGAAAAUGUGGUAAUUUUCUUGUUGUGUAAAAAUAACUUGGGAAACUGGUAAUUAACAGAACUUUUGACCUAAAUCAUUUGACAAUUCAAAACCUGGGGCUGUUUUUGUGAGGACAAAAAGACACAAAUCUGGGCACUUUUUUUUGUGUGGAAGUUUCGGAAUGAAAAGAGAACUGUCGUCUAACACAAAGCAAGAAAUCAUUCUAUUAUGUUGCUCUGUUUGUAAUGUUGAGUGUGGUUUUUAUCAUUGAAAUAAUUAUUUCUUCCGUGAACGAUAAUGCAGUAUGAUUCCUUUGGUUUUCUGAGUUAUGUCGCAAAAAAAGGAGUCCGACAAAGUUUGACUGUACCUAAACGAGAAGUACACACCUGAAACCACCGUGACUGAACUUAAGAUGUACUGAACAAAACAAGUCUUUUGAGAUAAAAACACGACACAAAAAAAAACAAGGACAUUGAGUAAACUUUCUGUUUAACUAUAUCACAUAAUUAAUGCAAGAAGUCGUACAAAACAUUCCACUUUGUCAAUUUCUCAAAAAAGUAUGAGUAGCCUUUUCAGACAGAACUGUUGCUUGUCAAUUUUUUUUGUACAUGGUCUUUGAAUGGAGGGGAGUCAGUUGCUACAAUAGUGCGCUCUGUUUUAAGGGCGCACACAAUUAAAAUUAGGCCAGAUACAAAUUUAAAUUAAGCAGGACAACAUGAAACAAAACAAAGUAAAAGUUGCUGCACAUUACUUAUAUGCACUGAAAGUUUGUAGUACAUGUGUUUACAAAAAAAUACUGAUCUCCAACUAUGGUAACUUAAAAAUACUUUGAUGUGUCUGCAUGUAAAGUGUCCUCCUUGCUUGCCUUAAAAACAAUUCUCUUAUUCCAAUUUUCUAACAAUUUUUGUGUUUUGUACCAAAAGCAGAAUGACAUUUCAGAUUUUUUUUUUUAUAAUCUGGAACAUCUUUUAAAUUAUAUAUAUUUUUUUCAAGUAGCGAUCGAGGAUUCUGUAGUUGAAGAGGGAAAUUUUCACAAAGGAUACACAUUGUAAGUUUCGAGCAGCUUUUCCAUGUCACUCAAGUCCUUGUUUGUGACUAUGUCUAGUAUAAGAAAGUAACUUAACACAUAACAAUUGUACCUUAAAUUUAAACAAUCAUGAUUUUCAAAUCCUCAGAUAUUAUCAGUUAACUGGGUUUUUUUAAAGAAAAAAACACACUCUGUAGUAAUUCCAUACAUGUUUUUUUCCCUCAAGUAAGGUGCAUUAUCCUUAUAUACAGUAUGUCCUGUCUGACUGUUUUUAAAAUAACUACAAACCACCAGGUCUAUUUUGAAAUU